UGGGGGGCGGGGCUGAGGCUAAAACGACUGACUUCCGGCCAGGCCGUUGUCUGGGUGGCGCGGUCGAGUCAUCGCUCGGCCUCACCGCUUGGUUCUCCGGUCCCUCCCCGCGCCCUGGCGCGGGGGGUCGACCCACCAAGUGAGGCGGGAGGCGACUCUGACCUUCCCUCCAUUUCGUUUUGGCCAGUGCCGGAGGCUACCAGCCCUGGGGCCUGGGAUCCUGGGAGCCCUUGAGGCCCAGUCUGAGUGGCCGGGGCCUACCGCGGCCCGCCGCCGGGCCUCAUGAGGCAUAGCCUGACCAAGCUGCUGGCAGCCUCGGGCAGCAACUCCCCAACCCGCAGUGAGAGCCCGGCGCCGGCUGCAACCUGCUCGCUGCCCUCGGACCUGACGCGGGCUGCGGCGGCGGCGGCGGGGGAGAAGGAGACGGCAGCGGCCGGAUCUCCCGGCCGCAAGCAGCCGCUUGGCGACGAGGGCGAGUUGGAAGCCGGGAGGGGGAGCCGCGGCGGCGUGGCCGUGCGCGCGCCCUCGCCCGAGGAGAUGGAGGAGGAGGCGAUCGCCAGCCUCCCGGGGGAAGAGACGGAGGAUAUGGACUUUCUGUCUGGGCUGGAACUGGCGGAUCUCCUGGACCCCAGGCAACCGGACUGGCACCUGGAGCCCGGGCUUAGCCCGCCGGGGCCCCUCUCCUCGUCUGGAGGAGGCUCGGAUAGCGGCGGCCUGUGGAGAGGGGACGACGACGACGAGGCCGCUGCCGCUGAAAUGCAGCGCUUCUCCGACCUGCUGCAGAGGCUGUUAAACGGCAUCGGAGGCUGCAGCAGCAGCAGUGACAGUGGCAGCGCCGAAAAGAGGCGGAGAAAGUCCCCCGGAGCGGGCGGCGGCGGCGGCGGCGGCAGCGGCAGCGACAACAACCAGGCGGCGACAAAGAGUCCCCGGAAAGCGGCGGCGGCCGCUGCCCGCCUGAAUCGGCUGAAGAAGAAGGAGUACGUGAUGGGGCUCGAGAGCAGAGUCCGGGGUCUGGCAGCCGAGAACCAGGAGCUGCGGGCCGAGAAUCGGGAGCUGGGCAAACGCGUACAGGCGCUGCAGGAGGAGAGUCGCUACCUACGGGCAGUCUUGGCCAACGAGACUGGACUGGCUCGCUUGCUGAGCCGGCUGAGCGGCGUGGGACUGCGGCUGACCACCUCGCUCUUCAGAGACUCGCCCGCCGGUGACCACGACUACGCACUGCCGGUGGGAAAGCAGCAGCAGGACCUGCUGGAGGACGACGACUCGGCGGGAGGAGUGUGUCUCCAUGUGGACAAGGAUAAGGUGUCGGUGGAGUUCUGCUCGGCGUGCGCCCGGAAGGCGUCGUCUUCUCUUAAAAUGUAGGGUCAAGUAAUCUGCUCUUUAUCCGCGUUUACCCCUUUCAACUCCCUUACACCAUGUCAAACACCUUAGUGGGACAUCUUCACCGGACACAGAUAUUUCAGAGGAGAAAAAAAAAAAGUAAUAUUGAAUCUUAAAGUGUUUAGCUAAAAGCAUGAAUGUGACACAGUAACCAACUCCUAAUGAUAACAUGUGACUAUUAAAUCUCUCUGACAGUUUCUUUUUUAGGUGAUUUCCUUCCUGCCAGGCUCCGUUGUAGGGGUUACAGAACAGUCGUUCCCGCCUCACAACCUGUGGAUACAGCUGUUGGGGCAGAAGAGACGGGACCAGCUGCUGGCCACAUUUCCUGCUUUAUUUUAAAAGGUAGUAUAAGAAAUGAGGAAAAAGAGGUAAUAACAGGGCUUCUGCUGUCUUUUCUUUUUAAAAUGUUCAUAAUUAAAAACUGUUUUCCAGCAGUCCAAAGAUGUAAGUUAUCUUACACAUAAAAUGUCUUGUUGUUAAUUGGUUAUGAAAAUGGAAUCCUUGUUCUUGCACAACUGUAAAUGUUUUGUUGCUAGUUAAUACGAUUUGAGACCUAAAUUGGUCUUUGGUUUCCAGUGCAUCAUAGCAUAUUUUGUAAAAUCAUCUACUGCACUUGAGCAUGAAUGGGUAGUAGCCAAACUCACAACUUGGAGUGAUGAACCUGCUUAUAUCUAAGGGCAGGAGCAAGCCCCUCACAAUGCAGCUGCAUGGAUUUUUAGUGCCUACUGAAUUUUUUCUAUAUAUAUAUAUACAUACAUAUAUAUAUAUAUAUAUAUAUAUAUAUAAACCAAAAGUAGUUGGAAAGAUUAUUUGAAAUGACUAAUUUGUGCUAUCUUUAUGAAAUAUGUUAAAUGUAGCUUUUUUGAAACAGAAGCCUUGAAUUGAAAUUUAAUACUUGAACAUUUUGUAUAUAUUUCUUUGUAUAUAAUUUUGUGCAGUACCAAUGACAAAAAUAUGAUGUCAUAAUAAAACCAGGUUUGUUGAUCUUUUAGUUAUGGGCUCAAAGAAUUUAUUCAUCUCUAACAUGACAUUGGAAAAUAAUGGAUGAAAAUAGGAAAAAUGAUUGUUGUUAAUGCUGACUGUGGGUCUUAAAAGGUUCUGGAAAGCAGUAAGUUCAUUUUUCUAAAAACUAUACCAUUCUCUUGGAAUAUUCUUCUUUACAUCAAUACUUUUCCUGCAUUAUUUGAAGUUGUGGGCUGGGGAGAAAAAGUAGUCAAAGCUUUCUGAAUUGAGAUGCUUUGAAAUUCCAAGUGUAGAUUUUUAGAAUGUCAUUUUAUAAAUGGCAGUUUUUGGAAUUACUUGAUUAAGAACUUUUGAAAAUGGAAAGAUUAGUAUGGCCUAUUUUUAAAGCUGCUUUGUUGGGUUCCUUAUGUUUUAUUAACUGUCUUUUCUCAGUUUCCAUUUCAUUGGUUUUUUUUUUUUUUUUUUUUCCUAGUUUUGGUGACUUAGUGAUUUUUGUCAUUUUUUUACAUCAACUUCAUGGUCUUGUUUUUACAUGGUAAUUGCAUGUAUUUAGGAUCUAAUAGGGGCUUUAAAUAAAUUUGGUCAUAUUUAUGUGUAAGCACAUUUUACUGUAAAUGUUUGGGUUUCUGAACUUAAACAGAUGUUUAUUUCAGUAUGUAGUAAACAAUAUCUUAAAGUGUCUGAUUCACUACUUGUUAAUUAAAAAAGUUAUGAUUAAUGUGAAACUGUUGUCUUACUAUUUUUAGAAAAUUGUGUUCUCGAUGGUUAGCACAUGGAUAAAGGAGAUUUCUGGAAUAUAAAAUGGAUUGUUUUUGAAAUUUCUAGGUUUGGCUCCAUUUACCGUAAUGGUUGAAAACAACUUAGUAUUUGGGUGAUCCUUUUGUCUUCUAAAUGUGCCUCUAUGGUAAAAUGAUACAGAACUAGACUAAAGAUACAGCUUUUGAGUAUGUCUUUGAUGGUGGCAGGAAUUCAUACAUUAAUUGAACUAACACAUCAUAUUUUGACCUACUGUUUCUAUCAUAUUGACUUACUGUUUCUGCACUUCCUUGACCAGAAUUAUCUUUAAAAGUCCGCUUGUGUUAAAAUGUAGUCUCACCUCUGAUAUAAUCCAACAAAAAGUGUUCGAAAUAUUUUAAAUAUUUGUGCAUUUUAUAAUCACUAAAUUAAUCUCUUUCUCUUCUCUUUAAACAGCUUAGCAGUGUCUGCAAAAACGAAUCUUUUCCUACAACCUGUUAACUGACUGGACUGAUGGUAACAAAGUAAUUGUGAGAGCCAUGUCGGUCAAAAAUUUGGCAUCUGCUGAAAAAAAUGAAUGCCAUUUUCAAGUUUCCAAAUUACUUCUAUACUGAUUUCACUUUCCAGAAAUGGAGAUAUGAAAAGAUUCUCUGGAAUCCUUGAAAGACUUAAUAGAGAUUCAUGAGACUAAGUUAAUCUUGGAACAAAAUUACACUUUUUUUGUCUUUCAUGGGAGUGAUACUCAGUUCUUUGCAUAUCUUUAAAACAUUGUAACUGUUGGGGGAAUUACAGUAUUUCAUCAAGAAAUUAAUUAGAGUUUUUACAUAAUCAAGAGCACAUUCUAUGGAAUUACAUUUAGUGGACUAGAAUCACAUUAGCAGGCCAUCAGUGAUCACAAGGCCUGUGAGUUUGUAUUUAUUUCCUGAACAUGAGAGCUAAUUUGGAGUAGACACCCUGCUUAGUAGAAUAUGAAAGUUAAUGUAAAGUUCUGAACUAUAAGAGUAGUCCUUUUAAAUAGCUGCAUUGAUUUGUAUAUCUUUGAAAAAGUUGAUUAUUAUUAAAUGUGUGGAUAGUUAAUUGCAAUUUAGGUUAACAACCAGGAUGUAUAGAUUCUGAGGUUUUGGCUUCUUGAGCUUUCUCUUAAGUACUCAACACUGUUUUUUGAAUAUUUUGAGGUUUCUAAUUAAUGGUAUACCAGUUUCUACUGUUUUAUAUAAAACUUUUAUCUAGUGUUGUAUAAGGGCUUUAGUAUUCUGGAUGAUGGGAGUGGCUUUUUCAUGGCAUAUGGUUUUACUUAAUUGAAAUAUUUUUUCAGUUUAUUACAAGUGUGAAAAAACACUCAAAACUCUGGAUUGUUUUAUUUCAUUUUUGUUGGAUUAAUACAUUACUUCAUCUGGUUUAGAUUGAGUCAUUUUACCUUACUCAUUUGGGAAACGUGCAGAUGAUAGAAGAGGGAUUUGGGUAGGAGACAGGCUCUUCAUAAUAAACAGCUGGUUAUUAUAUUAUUCAAAACUUACUAAAACCAGUCAGUUUCUUAUAACUUUAAGCGUGUUCAUUGCCUGUGAAGCCAGGCAACAAGAAGUAUUCCCACUGUCUUAAUUAAAACUUAAGUGCUGAUGUUACUUACAGUACAGCUGUUUAUAAUUCCAGAACCAAAGGCACCAACAUUAUUUGGUGACCUUAACUAUUGCUUUGAUAGAACAGACUGGGUAAUUAUCUUUUUAAUAUCUGAUUCCUAGUUCAGCAUUUUGAAUGUGUAGUUAAGGUCUCACUGAUUUAGUAACAUUUUAAAGCUAAAUAAUCUGAAGACUCUUGAAAGUUUACUUGGUAGUAUGACAUCUAAGUGCUUUUUUCUCCCAGACUCUCAGCCAGUACAGUUUUAAGACUCUCCUCAAUGUUUAACUUUUUUGCUGUUUUUUAAAUUUAUUUACCAUCAAAGCUGGGGAUCAAAAACAGGGGAAUUCUUCCAUUAGAAAUUUGUAGUGUUGUUUGGCCAGCACAGUAGUUUUCAGAUUUGAAUGUCAGUACCUUUAUGUGUAGCCUCAGUAAUCACUCAACACCAGUCACUCUUUAUUGUCUUAUAAUACCCUAUAAUUUUUAUUGACUCAAAAUUGUUGAAGAUAUUUUGCUUAGUUUUCACAGUGAACUAAUUGAAAAGUAUAGUUACUGUUUUAAAUAUUUGUGUAGUUCUGUUAACAUACUGAUUUGAAUUUUAUUUAGCUCAUCUUCCUUUAAUGUCUGCCUUCAAAUUUUGUCUUUGCUGUUUACUCACUGAGGUCAGUUUCCUAGACCCCUCUGGCUCUUGGUGUACUAUAGUUUGGGCUUUAUAAAAUAUAUUAAUGUAUUAAUUUAAUGUGAGCCCUCUUUUUUUUUUUUAAGCCAAAUAACUACACAAGUAAAUAAUAAAAGGUUUAAAUAGUUUGUUUAGUGGGACUGGACUGAAAUAUUAAAAAUUGAUUGAGGGUAGUCUACUUCAGGUGUUAGCUACAAAUGACUAAAAAUGCCCUUAAAUAGUGCAGAUAACCUGGCCUCAAGACAAAAAUUUUGGCGAAGUAAAUUUGUAACAACAGACUUAACAUGCUUUAUUGUUUAUGUCGCCCAUUUCUACUAAUUGAAUCGAUAAUUUAAAAAUAUGUGGCAGACGACAGAGAUUAGAAAUACUUUUUGGGUACAGAAACCAUUGUAAACUCAUCCUCAUUUAUAAAUGGUAUUAUGCUAGGGAGUAAUUAGGCUAGGUAUGUUUAAGGAUAAGGAAGGAAACUGUGCUCAGUUAUCAAAGAACUUAAGUUAUAUCAUUGGGCUUUGAAUUACCCAAGUUGAUUACACCAUUCUGUAUUAAGGAGUCUAACUCUAUAGUUGGGUUAACAUCAGAAGUUACUUUUAAUUCAUUGUUUUUUCACUGUGAUGAGUAGAACUCUGCCUUCAAGUGACAGAAUAUAGGUAUGGAUGAUUUGGAGUUGGAGCUUUUCAUCUUGAUAUUUUAGCUUGUAAAAUCAACAGCUAUAUUGUUUUGCCCUUUAA